GCACUGUCCCAACAGCCAGCCCUCAGGGUCACCAGCAUCAAGGUGUAGAGAUCAAAGUGUUGCUAUUUUGCUUUUUCAAAGAUAGCUUUAAAAAAAGUCACUGUAUAUCUCCCUGGUGACAAUGUCUUCCAUUAAGAUUGAGUGCGUUUUGCCAGAGCACUGCCGGUGCGGUGAGUCUCCGGUCUGGGAGGAGGCAUCCAAUUCUCUGCUUUUCGUAGACAUUCCUGCAAGAAAGGUUUGCCGAUGGAAUUCUCUCACCAAGCAAGUGCAGCGAAUGACCGUGGAUGCCCCUGUCAGCUCUGUGGCCCUUCGCCAGUCAGGAGGCUAUGUCGCCACCAUCGGAACAAAGUUCUGUGCUUUGAACUGGGAAAAUCAAUCAGUAGUUGUCCUGGCCACAGUGGAUAAAGAUAAGAAAAACAAUCGAUUCAAUGAUGGGAAGGUGGAUCCCACCGGGAGAUACUUUGCUGGCACCAUGGCUGAGGAGACAGCCCCGGCGGUUCUUGAGCGGCGCCAAGGAUCCCUGUACUCUCUCUUUCCCGACCAUCAUGUAGAAAAGUACUUUGACCAGGUGGACAUCUCCAAUGGCUUGGAUUGGUCACUAGACCACAAAAUCUUCUAUUACAUUGACAGCCUGUCCUACUCUGUGGAUGCCUUUGACUAUGACCUGAAGACAGGACAGAUCGCCAACCGCCGAAGUGUGUACAAACUAGAGAAAGAAGAACAAAUCCCAGAUGGAAUGUGCAUGGAUGCUGAGGGGAAGCUCUGGGUGGCCUGUUACAAUGGAGGAAGAGUGAUCCGUUUAGAUCCGGAGACAGGGAAAAGACUCCAAACUGUGAAGUUGCCUGUUGAUAAAACAACUUCAUGCUGCUUCGGAGGGAAGGAUUACUCUGAAAUGUAUGUGACCUCUGCCCGGGAUGGGAUGGACUCUGAGGGUCUUUUGAAGCAACCACAGGCUGGUGGAAUUUUCAAGAUAACUGGUCUGGGGGUCAAAGGAAUUGCCCCCACCCCCUAUGCAGGAUGAUGACAGUUCUGCUUUCCCUCCAGAGGAAACUUUGAAGAUAACUAGAGAAUUCUGGGGCUGAAAUUUCAAUCUGAGAGAGAAAAAUAAGCAAUGAUAUUCUUAACAGGGUUAAAUUUUAAUUUACAAUUUUUUAAAGGCAGAGCAUUUUUAACAAGAGGUGGCUUUGAUAACACACUACAAGGCCUUCUGUAAACACACUACAAGGUAUUUCUGUAAAAGAUACGCAAAAAUCGAUCCACUGUCAACCACCUCUUGAUUCCUUGCAAUUGCUUUGUGGGGGUGGUUGCGGUAUAUCUUGUCUUUAUUCUGCAUAUCAUGCUUAUUAAACCUUAAGCUUAAAAAAAGACUAAUAAAUAGUAACCUGGUGAUGACUUAUUACAA